UUUUGAUAAAUAGUGAGAGUCUGAAAAAAAGAAAGAGGAGAAAAUCCAUUGACGCCCUAACAAAAGACGCCGGCGAGUGUAUUCGUCACUUUCUCUAGUUUCCUGUAACCCAACCCACUCAAACGAAAUUUUUUCUUAAUCUCUCUUUCGUUCUUCUUCUUCUUCUUCUUCUUUAGAUUGUUGUAAUUCCAAUCGGAACUCUCGAUUCGCUUUCUUCUCCGUUCUUCUGUGGCGGACCGGUUUUGUGGUUUUUUAUUUGAACAUUCCCGAUCUUGCCCUGAGUUCCACGAUCAGUUUCUUUAAACCCUAGGUUUUACACAAGCAUUCUGUUUCUCCAGAUUAUCGCAGACUCUUUCGUUCUAUUCUUUGUAGUUUUGUAAAAGGUAUUUCGGUAGAUUUAGGGUUUGUCUGUGUCUAGUUUUCGAGAUCGAGAGAGAUUUGUGAUGAAUACUAACAGAGGAAGAUAUCCACCGGGUGUUGGAACGGGUCGUGGUGCGCCUCCGAAUCCAGAUUAUCAUCAGUCGUAUCGGCAGCAACAACCACCUCAAGAUCAGCAGUAUGUUCAACGCGGUUAUUCUCAGAACCCUCAGCAGAUGCAACUCCAGCAACAACAUCAACAACAACAGCAGCAGCAACAGUGGUCAAGACGCCCUCAGCUUCCUGGAAACGCUAGUAACGCUAAUGAGGUGGUUCAGCAGACGACCCAGCCCGAAGCUAGCAGCGAUGCUAAUGGUCAAGACUGGAAGGCUACGUUAAGGCUACCACCUCCUGAUACUCGUUAUCAGACAGCGGAUGUGACAGCUACAAAGGGAAAUGAAUUCGAAGAUUACUUUCUGAAAAGAGAUCUGUUAAAGGGAAUAUAUGAGAAGGGUUUUGAGAAGCCAUCUCCAAUUCAAGAAGAGAGCAUUCCAAUUGCUUUAACUGGUAGUGAUAUUCUUGCUAGAGCUAAAAACGGUACAGGAAAGACUGGUGCCUUCUGCAUUCCAGUCCUCGAGAAAAUUGACCCAAAUAACAAUGUUAUUCAAGCCAUGAUUCUAGUUCCAACGCGAGAGCUGGCCCUUCAGACAUCACAAGUUUGCAAGGAGCUUUCCAAAUAUUUGAAUAUCCAGGUUAUGGUCACCACUGGCGGUACCAGUCUGAGAGAUGAUAUUAUGCGAUUACAUCAACCUGUGCAUCUGCUGGUUGGAACUCCUGGAAGAAUAUUGGAUCUUACAAAAAAGGGUGUCUGUGUUUUGAAAGACUGUGCGAUGCUUGUAAUGGAUGAGGCCGACAAGCUUUUGUCUGCAGAAUUCCAACCUUCUCUAGAGGAAUUGAUACAGUUUCUACCCCAAAAUCGUCAGUUUUUGAUGUUUUCCGCCACAUUCCCUGUCACUGUUAAGGCUUUUAAGGAUCGACAUCUCCGGAAGCCCUAUGUUAUCAAUCUCAUGGAUCAACUCACGCUUAUGGGUGUCACGCAAUAUUAUGCUUUUGUCGAAGAAAGACAGAAGGUUCACUGCCUCAACACACUUUUCUCUAAGCUGCAAAUAAAUCAAUCGAUAAUCUUUUGCAACUCUGUCAAUCGCGUGGAGCUGUUGGCUAAGAAAAUCACAGAACUUGGUUAUUCAUGCUUCUACAUUCAUGCAAAGAUGGUUCAAGACCACAGGAACAGAGUAUUCCACGAGUUCCGCAAUGGUGCUUGCAGGAAUCUCGUUUGCACUGAUCUGUUUACUCGAGGAAUUGACAUUCAAGCUGUGAAUGUCGUGAUCAACUUUGAUUUUCCUAGGACUUCUGAGUCAUAUCUACACAGGGUGGGUCGAUCAGGACGGUUUGGACACCUUGGAUUGGCUGUGAAUUUGGUAACUUAUGAGGACCGUUUCAAAAUGUAUCAGACUGAGCAAGAACUUGGGACCGAAAUCAAACCAAUUCCUUCUAAUAUCGAUCAAGCAAUCUACUGUCAGUAAACUUGUAACUGUGCAUGAAACGUGUCUCCACCCAAUGAGAGGUACAAGAUGGUUAAAAUGGUGUUUCUCAAGCUCGAGGGGAGGAGAUGAGGCAACUAGUACUUGGCGGUUCAUGUAAAGACUCGUUACUCAGUGGUUUGGUUCCUAAUCUCUCUUAAAGACACUUGUUAUCUGGUUCUAUGGAAACCUCUUUACGCUGCACUUAUUAUGAGACUCCCUUUGACUUGGUUAGUAAUAAAGAUAGAACGUAUGACUCUCCUCUUUUUUAUUUUCGUGUUGGGCUCUGUUUGGAAUUAUGGGCUUUAUCCUAUUUAGGAUCUAUUUAUCAUGAAAGUUGCACUUCUUAAUUUUUGCUUCCACGGAAUUAUUUUGAUUUUUCCAAAAUAUUUUCUUCCACAUGCUUAUUAUUCUAGUUUGGUAUUAAGCUAUUUUCGUCAAAAUGUUUGAACCGUAACCAAUCUUGUUUUAUAGUGUUAUAUCCAUUGAGAAAUUAUAGUU